AUGGCUGACCCCAGUGGUGCACCCCCCGGUCCUGGCCCAAACGACAUCUCUACGGCCAUCCUGAGGCCCAAGAAAUCGCCCAACCGCCUUCUUGUUGAUGAGGCAACCUCGGACGACAACUCUGUUGCAACACUCAACCCGGCCACAAUGGAGACUCUCCAGCUCUUCCGAGGCGAUACCAUUAUCGUGCGGGGCAAGAAGCGGCACGACACCGUCCUGAUUUGCUUGAGCUCCGAUGAUGUCGAGGAGGGCAAAAUCCAGAUCAACAAGGUGGCUCGAAACAAUUUGCGAGUUAAGCUUGGCGACAUGGUCAAUGUGCACCCGUGCUUGGACAUCAAGUAUGGCAAACGUGUGCACAUCCUGCCCUUUGACGACUCCGUCGAGGGUCUCAGUGGAAACAUUUUCGAUGUCUACCUGAAGCCAUACUUCCUGGAAGCAUAUCGCCCCGUUCGGAAAGGCGACACAUUCCUCGUUCGUGGUGGAAUGCGAACAGUGGAGUUUAAGGUCAUCGAGACUGACCCUGCGGAGUUCUGUAUUGUUGCGCAAGAUACUGUCAUCCACACUGAGGGUGAUCCCGUCAAACGUGAGGAUGAGGAGUCCAACCUGAACGAGGUCGGCUACGAUGACAUUGGCGGUUGCCGCAAGCAAAUGGCGCAAAUCCGUGAGCUCGUGGAGCUGCCUCUCCGGCAUCCUCAGCUGUUCAAGUCUAUUGGUAUCAAGCCCCCACGCGGUAUCCUCAUGUACGGACCACCUGGUACGGGUAAGACGCUCAUGGCUCGCGCGGUAGCAAACGAAACUGGCGCGUUCUUCUUCUUGAUUAACGGCCCGGAGAUUAUGAGCAAGAUGGCCGGUGAGAGCGAGAGUAACUUACGGAAGGCGUUCGAAGAGGCGGAGAAGAACUCGCCCGCUAUUAUCUUCAUUGAUGAGCUCGAUUCCAUUGCGCCCAAGCGGGAGAAGACCAAUGGAGAAGUCGAGCGCCGAGUUGUGUCGCAGUUACUCACUCUUAUGGAUGGUCUCAAGGCGCGGUCCAAUGUUGUCGUUAUGGCUGCAACUAACCGACCCAACUCCAUUGACCCGGCUCUUCGACGGUUCGGACGGUUCGAUCGUGAAGUUGACAUUGGUAUCCCCGACCCAACUGGCCGUCUCGAAAUCUUGCGCAUCCAUACCAAGAACAUGAAGUUAGGCGAUGACGUUGACCUUGAGCAGAUUGCUGCCGACACUCAUGGGUACGUCGGCUCCGAUAUCGCUUCUCUGUGCUCAGAGGCUGCGAUGCAACAAAUACGUGAGAAGAUGGAUCUCAUUGACCUGGAUGAGGACACCAUCGACGCGGAGGUGCUUGACUCACUCGGCGUGACUAUGGAGAACUUCCGCUUCGCAUUGGGAACAUCGAACCCGUCGGCUCUGCGCGAGACUGUUGUGGAGGUGCCAACAGUCAAGUGGGACGACGUUGGUGGUCUCGAGAAGGUCAAGCAGGAGCUGCAAGAGACCGUGCAGUACCCGGUGGAGCAUCCCGACAAGUUCAUCAAGUACGGUAUGUCGCCGUCUAAGGGUGUCUUGUUCUAUGGUCCUCCUGGUACUGGUAAGACCAUGCUCGCCAAGGCCAUCGCAAACGAGACGCAAGCGAACUUCAUUUCCAUCAAGGGUCCUGAGCUGUUGACUAUGUGGUUCGGUGAAUCCGAAGCCAAUGUGCGAGAUGUCUUUGAUAAAGCCCGUGCUGCUGCUCCUUGUGUCAUGUUCUUCGAUGAGUUGGACUCCAUCGCCAAGGCUCGCGGUGGUUCGUCCGGCGACGCAGGUGGUGCAGGAGACCGUGUACUAAACCAGAUCCUCACUGAGAUGGACGGUAUGAACGUCAAGAAGAACGUGUUCAUCAUCGGUGCGACGAACAGACCGGACCAGAUCGACCCCGCGCUCCUACGUCCGGGUCGUCUUGACCAGUUGAUCUAUAUCCCUCUACCUGACGAGCCUUCACGUCUGUCGAUUCUCAGGGCGGCGCUCCGCAAGAGCCCGGUCGCGCCGGACGUCGACCUGGUGUUCCUUUCGAGAAACACCCAUGGGUUCUCUGGUGCGGACUUGACGGAGAUCUGCCAGCGUGCUGCGAAGCUCGCGAUCAGGGAGAGUAUCGAGGCUGACAUCAAAAAGGCGCGGGAGCAGAAGGAGAAGGAAGAUGCUGCCGGCGAGGAUACGAAGAUGGAGGACGAGGAGGAGGAAGAUCCUGUCCCUGUCAUCACAAGGGAUCACUUCGAGGAGGCGAUGAAGUUCGCGCGUCGUUCAGUGUCGGAUGCGGAUAUCCGACGAUAUGAGAUGUUCGCCCAGAACCUGCAACAAUCACGUUCGUUUGGGGCAACAUUCAAGUUCCCCGAGAGUGGCAAUGCGCCCGCGGGUGCUGCCGCCCCGGCGCCGGCGGCAAAUGCAGGGUUCGGGGAGGACACGCAGGACGACGACCUGUAUGCAUGA